CAAGUCGAUCAGUUCCGUAAAUUCCCGGGCAGACCUCUUCCUCUUGCAUACUUCCUCAGCCAUGUCCACAGUGACCACCUUCAGGGACUGGAGUCCUUCAGGGCUCCUUUUAUCUACUGUUCAGCGGCGACCAGAGAGCUGCUUCUGCGCAUUGAAAAAUACCCCCACCGCAUGAACUUUAGUAAAGGCAUCUUGGAAUCACGAAGGCUUCACUAUAAACACUUGGCAAAACUUUUGAGACCAAUUCCAUUGAAUACGCCCACUGAUAUCGAACUAACUCCACGGUUGUCCAUUCGAGUGACUCUUUUCGACGCAAAUCAUUGUGCGGGCGCAGUAAUGUUCCUUAUCGAAGGAAAUGGAAAGGCUAUCCUCUAUACUGGUGAUAUUCGCUCUGAAUCCUGGUGGGUCAAUAGUCUUGUCAGGCAUCCAAUCCUGCUUCCAUAUACACUUGGAAAUAAACGUCUCGACAAGAUCUAUCUUGACACGACAUUUGCCCGCGCAUCCAAAAUCUACCACGCUUUUCCGCCCAAGGCAGAGGGACUAUCGGAGCUUUUGCAAAAAGUCGAACAAUAUCCAAGUGACACAAUAUUCUACUUUCGGGCAUGGACAUUUGGAUAUGAAGAAGUUUGGAUGGCGCUUGCUGCUGCCCUGAACACCAAAGUCCAUGCGGAUAGAUAUCAAAUGGGCUUAUAUCGAUCACUUGUCACGCAUGUGAAAAACGGCAACAAUUUCAACGAGGCGCCUGCUCUAUGUGGCUUCGAAUUGGGAAACAAGUUCGUCCCUGGAUGCCUAAGCGACGAUGAAAGCUCUCGCAUUCAUAGCUGCGAACCGGGUUUACCCUGCUCGGUGGUCAAGUCCAAGAAAACAGUCGAAAUCCUUCCUAUCGUCAGUCGAACGCAAGACGGUUUGGAAAUGCCCGAGGUAGGUGCUGGAGGUGGAGGUGGUGAUCUAUAUCAGAUGCACGAACUCCUACUGCCGGAUCAAUUCUCACUGGAGGAGCUGGAGAAGCUGUGUCUCGAGCGCAUACAUGAUGCGAAGGUGCUUUCUCAGACACGAGAGGCACUCCUCGAGGCAUUUAAAUCGAAGAACAAAUCUCUCUCGCUUGAUAGCUAUGGUCUAAAGGAUGAGCAUGACAUGCCACUGGAAAAGCUGGUUGCUAUCCUCAGCCGUGGCCAUUCCGGAAACAACCCUUUGUCAAACGAUAUUGAAGAAUUACCUACAGCACGAGCAAAUCCAAACAAACCACUCCCCAACACAAUCCACUUCCCCUACUCACGACACUCAUCCUAUAUGGAAUUAUGCGAGCUGGUCUCCGCAUUCCAACCAAAAGAUAUCUACCCCUGCACCGUCGAUCUUCAAACUUGGGACGAAGACGUUUCCAUGCAAAGUCUCUUCGGGCACCUAUGUUCUGGGGAUGAAUUUUCCCACGACGCUCGCAUGCGGGAAACACUAGGAAAUGAUGAAUAUUCUCGAUCUCGAAAGAGGGCUUGUCUUGACGAUGCGAUCUCAUCACAAUCUACUCAAUACUCAUCCAGUCUGAGGGAUAGCAGUCUCACUGGCAUAUGGUUUAAUCUGGACCAAUCCAGUCAGGGGGUUAACGCAGACCAACGUGCUCUAGCACCAAAUCCAACAUCACCCUCCAAAGAAACACCCCUCUCCUCUUCAUCCUCAAGAAUUCACCUUCCCUCGUCACUAGAAACAAUUAAAUCAACAAUCCAGCAGACUGAACCUCUCCAUAUUCCCCCUUCAAUGCCAGCAACACAAAAGUUCAAGCGUAACGAAAUACGUCAAGCACGAGAGUUUCUCAAAGCCGCCAACCUUGGCAUUCAAAUCGGACCUCUGCCAUCCUCAUGGCCAACAGAGGAAGAAGAUGAAUUUAACAUAAAGAAACCCGAGCCCGCGACGGGCAAAAAAGACGAACAUGAACAUGAAGAUGUGGAUAUUGACGAUGCCAUCAAUGAUAAUAACGAUGAUGAUACUCACACCAUUCACCCAGACAGUCAACUAACCAACCCCCUCUCUAUCCCUGAUUCGGCCUUCGCUUCUGACGAGGAACAAGUGAUUGAGAUAGAUUCUCCUUCUACCAACAAGACUAUAUCACCCGGUUCAUCUACCGGUGACAAUGACACCAUGCAUAAAUCCACGUUGACGAAAUCUUCUUCCUCGCGACGGAGAGCAGCGUAUCUAGCUGCCCGAGCUGAUAGUUUCGAAGCCUGGUCUUCUGUAUCGCUUGUUUCGGCGGGGAAUAAUCAUACUGAAGAGGAGAUUGAAUUAUAA